AUGCCGGAAUCAAACCAGAUCUCUCGAAAAAGGAUGCGAUUCUCGUCUUCUUCAGCUAGCGAGAUCCUCACAACAAUGAAAUCACAGCACCAAAGAGACCGCUCAAGCCGAAUCGCACCCAUCGGAAACGGAUUUCGUGUAAAUCAAUCGCCAUCUCUCAUCGGGAAAAUCGAUUCCAAAAUCAUUCGCACGUAUCCUCGAGUCACCAUCAAGGAUCUGCGUCUCAGACGCGUCUUCUCUCCGAGCUCGAUCUCCAUCGACUCGGAAUUAAAAACCAACAAAGGGGAAAAUCUAACCAAGGAGCAAAACGACUCGAACAUUGUGGAAGAAGGAACCAAAGUCGAAGCAGAAGAAUUUCUACAAACGACGCCACCUGAUACUGAAUUGUUAAGCAGUGGACCUUUCUCUAUGGUGAAUGAAGCAGAGCGUAUCUGUGAAGAGAUCAAUGGACAAGCAGUGAAGAAAAGUGGUGCUGUUCUCUGCAGCAAAUCGGUUCUUCAUUCAUGUACUCGAGCUAAGAUAUUCAAGAACCCUGGAUCCUUCAGCUACAAGAGACUGCUUCCAUACUUGAUGCAAGCUUCAGAUGAUGUAAAAUCAUCGAGCCAUUGUUCAAAACCUGAGAAAUCUCUUAUCCAGAAUCCUCCAAAUGUAGAUUUCUCUUGUAACAAAGAAACUGUGGAGACUAAAACUGCUGCUACUGAGGAUCCAAAGGAGGAAGUAGGUGAAUUGAUGACAGCCAAGUGUCCUCUCCCUGAAUCCACCAAACAGGUUUCGCAAUCCGUGGACAGAGUAUUUGAUAAGCAUUCAGCCGGAAGCUUUUGUAGAAACACCAGCCCUUUGAAGAAGGUUCUUGCGUCCAGCCCCAACAAGAAAUCUUAUGCUCUAGGCGUAAGUUAUUUAGAACACCAGGGUUCCGUUAAUUACAGAAGAAUGCUUCCAUAUCUCAGAGAUAUUCAAGAAGAUUAUCCUUAUCAAAAAGAGAACUCAGAAGAGACUACUCCAUCAUCGAUGUCAGUCUCUGACAAUGAAGGGGCAGAGGAAAAGGUGACAUCAGAUGUUGCUAGAGAAUCAGAUAUAUGCUCUAACGAAAUCGAAGAGCCUCUUCCUCCUGAUGUAUCUGAAUCUCCAGAAAUGUCUGAUACUGACAAGGAACAAGAAACACAAGUUAAGCAUGUCAUCCCAGACACUGAAAAAAACUUGGGAACUCCUGGCAACGUUUUGGGCUCUGAGGUGCCUUUAUCAUCUCCUCUUGUUGGUUCAACAAGUUCAGUUGAGGUUGCUACAUCUGCAUUGACCAACACAGUUAUCGAUGUGGGCGAAGUAAACAUAAGUGAUGUAGAGGAAACAGAAGCUAAAGACAGUGCAGAGCAACUAGAGGAAAAUAGUUCGAAUUUAACUGCUGAACCGCUUGAUCCUUCAGUUGUUUCGGGAACUCCUCCUUCCAUUUCUCCAUCAAAAGGGAUUCUGAAAAGAAGUAUAAGAGGAUGUAGAGGGAUAUGCUCUUGUUUGAACUGCUCCUCCUUUCGACUAAACGCAGAAAGAGCAUUCGAGUUCUCAAGAAAUCAGUUACAAGAUACUGAAGUAAUGGUUUUGGAUCUAAUUGAAGAAAUAUCUCGCCUCAGGGAUGUGUUGGAGAAAUAUGAUUCACCAGAUCACAAUGGUUCCUACAAAAGUCAGGCUGGAGAAGCUACAAAGAGAGCUUCUGAGGCUGCAGAGCUUGCAAAAAGCCGCCUUCACCAGAUGAACGAAGACCUUCAAGUUCACUGCAGAAUCCCCAACGAACAACGAGCAAGAGUGAAAUUCGCUCACUACGUCCACGAGAAGACAAUCCUAAAAGCAUCCGAACCUAACAAAUUUGAUCCAUAGAUCAUCACCCUGAAGCAAGUGCAAGUAGGAACCUUUUUGUAAUAUGUCACAUGUCUACAGAUGAUCCAGUUUCAUGUUAUCUAACUUGAAAAGUGAAAGGUAUUAGCUGUCUCUUUCAUUUGUCCCUCUUACGCUAAAAGAGAAAGCAUAGUUCAAAUUGCCGUUAUACAUAUAAUCCAUGUGAUCUUAUUUAUUAUCUGCUUUUUACUUCAAUGUAC